GUCACUCACCCGAAACUUCCUGGUUGUCGCGCUAACCUGCUGAAACUGGAUAAAUAAUGUUCAUUAAAACACAUUAAAUCGGCUCAUUUAUACACCAGUUAAUCACUCCAUCACCUCACAUAUUCAUCUGUGUGUGAGCGAAAGAAAAUUCAGCAUUUAAAAGACACUGAACGCACACGCGCUGCUGGAGGAGACACACAAAACGUCUGGAGGAGGAUGAGGUUGCUGCGUUCUGGCGGUCAGGAUGAAGAGUUCCCCAGCUAACCGCAGCCGGGACAUCGAGCGGCAGGCCGGUUAUCUGUGCCCGGAGCACUGUGCCCCGCCCCCUCCGCGAGCUCACGCUGCAGACGAGAUGUGGUUCAUCCGUGACUGCUGCGGCAUCGUGUGCGGCGUGAUCACGUGGCUGCUGGUGUUUUACGCUGAGUUUGUGGUCGUGUUUGUAAUGCUGCUGCCAGCGAAGAGCGUGGUGUACAGCAUCAUUAACGGCGCUGUGUUUAACGGACUGGCCUUCCUCGCCCUUGCAUCUCACUUCAGAGCCAUGUGUACUGAUCCGGGAGCCGUACCAAAGGGAAAUGCCACUAAGGAGUUUAUCGAGAGUUUACAGCUGAAGCCGGGACAGGUGGUGUAUAAAUGUCCCAAAUGUUGCAGCAUCAAACCGGAUAGAGCACAUCACUGCAGUGUGUGCAAACGCUGUAUCAGGAAGAUGGAUCAUCACUGUCCCUGGGUGAACAACUGUGUGGGAGAAAACAACCAGAAAUACUUUGUUCUUUUCACUAUGUACAUUGCUCUGAUUUCUCUUCAUGCACUCAUCAUGGUGGCUUUCCAUUUUGUCCUCUGUUUUGAAGACGACUGGGGAAAGUGCAGUAGCUUCUCUCCUCCGGCGACGGUGAUCCUCCUCAUCUUCCUGUGUUUUGAGAGUCUGCUCUUCCUCAUCUUCACGGCUGUGAUGUUUGGAACGCAGGUUCACUCAAUCUGUAACGACGAGACCGGAAUCGAGCAGCUGAAGAAAGAAGAGAGGAGAUGGGCAAAGAAAUCAAUGUGGAUGAACAUGAAGGUUGUGUUCGGUCACCCCUACUCUCUAGCGUGGUUGAGUCCAUUCGCCACACCAGAUCACGGGAAAGCAAAUCUCUAUCAGUAUGUGGUGUGAGACGAGCGAUGUGUACUGAUGUAUGACACUCCAUACAGUACACUGACCCCUCAACACAUCAUGUGUGAUGUUUUGAUUUAAAGAAACGUUUUGACCAAAAAUGAAAAUUCUGUAAUUAGUUGUUCACCCUCACGUCAUUCCAAACCUGUAUGCUAUUGUGUUGUCUGUGAAACUUCUGGAAGAAUUGCUACGUAGCUCAUUCACUCAAGGUUCAUAGUGAGCACGUCUGUCAAGCUCCUAAAAGGCCAAAAACACCAUUGAAGUAUCAUAAAAGUAUUCCAUAUGACUUAUACACUAUAUCUGAAGUCAUACGAUAGCUUUGUAAGAGGAACAGACUGUUUUUUUUAUUUAACUUCUUGUCUGUAAAUAACGAAAUAUACUGUAUGCAUUAAGAGCUUCUUCAAAAGUUCUCAUAAUAACAGUAUGCAGGUUUAGAAUGACAUGAGGGUGAGUAAAUAAUGACAGAAUUUUCACUUUGGGUGAACUAUAUUUAUUUAAAGGAAUAUUCCGGGUUCAAUACAAGUUAAGCUCAAUCGUUAGCAUUUUUGUGUCAUAAUGUAAAAUUAAUAUCGAUCCUUGUUUCCUUUAAAAAAAAAAAAAAAAAAGCACAAAUCUGUUCCAGUGAGACACUCACAAUGGAAGUCAAUGGGGCCAAUCUGUAAACAUUAAAAUACUCACUGUUUCAAAAGUAUAGACACAAGAUGUAAACAAUAUGUGUGUUAACAUGAUUUUAAUAUGGUAAAAUCUCUUACUAACCUUAUCACGUUUAAAGUUAAAGCCAGUUUUACAAUACCAGCUUUGUUGUCAUGGCAACGAAGUUGUAAAAUUGGAUAUAACUUCCAUUGUAAGUGCCUCACUUUUUAAAAUAAUUUCUGUGGUAAUCAGUAUUAUGCCACAAAUGCUGUCGAUUGAGCUCAACUUAUAUUGAUCUUUUUCUAAACCAAGAAGAUUUCACUGCGGUCAAGUAUAGCUCGCCCAGAGAAAAACACGCCACACUGGUUUACGUCCAUAGAGACAUUAACAGUGAAAUAUUCCUUAAACCAGCUGUUGAGAGAAGUAUCGAUAUCCUGACCACGGUUAUUUAAAGCUAAACUCUUAUUAUAUGUCCUGCACUGUGAAUCUUGUGAAUUAGAUUUGUCUAUAUUGCUGAACUGGAUUUAGUCGCCCGUUGAGAUUCUGCAAAAGUGUGUGAAUGAACUAUUGACGCUGACAACAUUUAAGAGGCCUUGACCAUAAAACUUUCAAACUAUCACCAGCUGUGACACAGAACUAUUUCCUAUUGAUGGCAAUGUGGAUUGACAGAUGCCUUUUAUAUUAGCUGGUAAAUGAAGACAUGCCUUUGCCUUUAGAGAAAGCGAGCACAUACUGUUGUUCAUUCUCUGCACAAGAACACAAACGACGCUUUAGUGUGAGAGGAAUCAUCUGUUGCCAAAUUUGAUUGGGUUUUGAAUAGUGAAACGACAUAAUAACGUCACCAAUUCAGCCGAGUGAAGAUUCUGCCUUUAUUGAACAGAAAAGUGUAAUUGUUGUUGCAUAACACUAACGGACGGACUUUACAGAAAUAUAUACAGGUCACAUUUUACCUUAAAAUUAAAAUGAAAUAUUGCAUAAAAAAAGAAUCUAUUUUUCUAUGUUUUACUUUAGUGUUUGUUUGUAACUCUCAUUAUUGUAUGGUGAAUUUCAUUAGAUUCUCUUUUAACAAUAUUUCUUAAAUGUAAAUCAGCAUAAAGGCUUUGCAACAAAUACCUGCAUUAUGUAUAACUACUUAAAAAAUAUAUAUUUAUAAUAUAUACUGUAUGUGCAUAUACUGUAUAUGUGUGUGUGUGUGUGUGUAUAUAUAUAUAUAUAUAUAUAUACACACACACAGUGCCUUGCAAAAGUAUUCAACCCCCACACAUUAAUAAUUGGUUGAGCCACCUUUUGCUGCAAUAACUGCUUUAUGUCUUUUGGGGUACAUAUGUACCAGCUUUGCACACAGCGACGAAGUGAUUUUGGCCCAUUCUUCUCGGCAGAUUUGCUCCAGGUUGUUCCGGUUGGUUGGGUGACGCUUGUGGACUGCAGUUUUCAAAUAGUGCCACAGAUUCUCAAUAGGACUGAGAUCAGGACUUUGACUGGGCCACUGUAGAACAUUUAUCUUUUUGUUCUUGAGCCACUCCAAAGUUGCUUUGGCCUUGUGCUUGGGAUCAUUGUCAUGCUGAAAGGUGAAUUUCCUCCUAAGGACUGAAGCAGGUUCUCUUGCAGUAUUUCCCUAUAUUGUGCUCCAUCCAUUCUUCCUUCAGUUCUAACAAGACAGCAUGAUGCUGCCACCACCGAUGGUGUGUCUUGAGGCAUAGUGUUGGGUUUGCACCACACAUAGUGCUUUGAGUUUUGGCUAAAAAGCUCUAUCUUGGUGUCAUCUGACCACAAAAGCUUCUCCCACAUCAGCUGGGUCACUCACAUGCUUUCUGGCAAACUCCAGACGUGCUUUCAGAUGGUACUUUUUGAGUAACGGCUUCUUUCUUGCCACCCUCCCAUACAGGCCAGCGUUAUGCAGUGCUCUUGAUAUGGUUGACUGGUGCACCAUUACUCCACUCCCAACCACUGAACUCUGUAACUCCUUCAAAGUGAUUGUUUGCCUCUCUGUGGCUUCUCUCACAAGUCUCCUUUUUGUAAGAGCGCUGAGUUUUGAGGGACAGCCUUUUCUUGGCAGUGCCUGGGUGGUGUGGUGCAGCUUCCACUUCGUGAUUAUUGAUCCAACUGUGUGCACUGGGAUAUCCAAACAUUUGGAUAUUGUUUGGUACCUUUCCCUAAUCUAUGCAAUUUUAUUACUUUAUCUAUAACUUCUGUCUUCAUUUUCCUUCAUAUUCACAGCCUGACCAAUGAUCCCUCAACAAUGGGUUUUUUAUCCAGAAAAUGUGAUUGCAACUUUAAUGUUUCACAGGUGGAUGCCAGUGGUAAAGUAAUUGUGUCCUCAUUAGGGCAAUCUCUUUCAUCGGUGUAACAUGGCAGCUUCCACAGCACAGGGGUUGAAUACUUAUGCAAGCAAGAUAUUUCCAUUUUUUUAUUUAGUUUUUUUAUAUUUCCCAACAUAAAACCAAUUUCACCUAACAAUAA